AUGUCAGAGGCCAAGAAACGCGUGGCCGAAAACGAGAGCUCCGCCAACAUGGCCGAGGCUACCUACCGUGCGGAAGCACACGUCGGGGUGGGGCACGUUGCUGUACAGGGCAUGUCGCCAAGCAGGGGUUCGUUCAACCAGGUGGCCAUGGAAGACGAGAAGCGGGCCGCGGCUGACCGAGACCUAGCCAUCAAGAAGGCGGCCUACAAGGCCGAGGUCAACCACGCCGAGGCCACCGCGGCGGUAGCGUUCGACAUCGAGAAGGCCCGGCAAGGGCAGACGGUGGUGCGAGAGCAGACGAAGCAGAGGGCGGAGGAAGCCCUGGUGAUGCUGGACGUGCAGGGUACGGAGGCCCUGACGAUGCAGAAGCAGAAGGAGGGUGUCUCGAAGGCGAUGCUCAUCGAGGAGAAGAACAAGGCCGAGGCCAUCCGCGCCACGGCCGACGUGAGCAUUUCGGGGGAAUUGGCCGUAUAUCGUCGCUGUUUAGUCGUGGGGAAGGCUAGAGGAGGAGUUCUGAUCGCCGUGGCUUGUGUGGCAUCUUUCUCCAUUACGUGCGUCGUACGCUCCCCUGGAGGGUAAUACUUUUGCCAUAUGCCAGGGUCGAGCCGUGCGCCGUACAUCCCGGUGCGUUUAGCAGGCAUAUGCGCCGCCUGCUCUAGUCGCGAAACUUGCCGCCCGGCAUGACGUGGUGUUCGUUUUGUUCCCCGGAGAACUCUUUGCUGCUUGCGGUUCGGCGCGGAGGCCACGAACGAAUACCAGUCGCCACCAAGAUCGCGGGGCAGGUCGAUGUUUCUCACAAGCUCUUGUUCCUUUGGAUUGGCCAGGCAAUUCUGCUUUUUACAGGAUUUUUCCGUCC